AUGCUGCGCAAAAAAUUCCUAGAGCUUGGUUACCGUCGCGCUUAUUCUGUAGGUCGACAAAGCGUCACAAAACGUAUACUAUGGUCCACAUCGCUUGUUGCUGCAGGAGCCUUGAUAGGUAUCACAGGAGGAACCUAUUACACCGUGAGCACUGCGAGAGAGGCCCUGUUCCCCUUCAGCUCAAAGACAAACUUAAAUGAUGUGCCUGCACCCACUUAUCUUGAUACGCGAUUUCAUUUAAAUGAUUUCACACGCGAGCUGCAAAAAGUUGUUAACAAAGAAGACAUGUGUUCCACUCCAUCCGAGCUUGAAGGCCAUUCGGUAAAUAAUUACACCUUACACAAGCCCGAUCCGGAACAGCGGCCUUACUUGAUUGUUUAUCCCCAUGAUACCGAGCAUGUAUCACAGAUUAUGCAAUUGUGUCACAAAUACAGUGUACCCGUCAUUCCUUAUAGCGGUGGCUCUUCAAUCGAGGGACAAAUAACCGCUACCAGACAUCAAGGUCUACCAAUGGGGUCUUGCACCGAGCCAACCGUGACUUUGGUGUUGGAUUUUAACAAGUAUAUGAACAACAUCAUCAGAGUGGAUGCAAAUGAUCUCGACUGUGUGGUACAACCGGGAGUGGUUGCAAAGGAUUUGAAUGAUUUGGUAUUGGAACCAUUGGGACUCCUGUUCGGCCCGGACGGUGCUCCAAACUGUGAAAUCGGUGGCCAGAUAGGUACCAGUUGCUCUGGGACUAAUGCAUUCAGGUACGGCACAAUGAAGGAAAACGUGGUAAACGUCACCGCUGUCAUGGCAGAUGGGACCAUCAUCAAGACUAAAAACAGGCCGAAAAAAUCUUCUAACGGUUAUAAUUUAACCGGGCUAUUCAUUGGCUCCGAAGGUACGCUUGGAGUGGUUACAGAGGCCACUCUCAAACUUCACGUAAAGCCAAAAUUCGAAACCAUUUCAAUUGCAAGCUUCAAGACUCUUCAAGAUGCAACCCAGUUUGUACAGACUCUAACGAGACAAGGAAUCCUCGGCGUAAAUGCCAUAGAAUUAUUAGACGCCAACAUGAUGAAGGCAAUUAAUUUCAGUGGACAAACGACACGCAAAUGGAAUGAAAACGCUACUCUACUUCUCAAAAUAGGUUCUCAUAACCACGCUAUCCUUGAUGAAACUAUAAAGGAUAUCGAAAAUUUAUCUCAAACUCAAAAUUGUAUAGCAUUCGAGUAUGCCAAGUCCGCACUUGAGCAAGAGGAGUUGUGGUCCGCUAGAAAGGCCAUUUUUUGGAGCUCCAUUGACUAUGGCCGCCAUCUUUUCGGUCAAAACGUCAAAGUAUGGUCAACCGAUAUCGCGGUUCCUGUGUCCAAUUUAUCCACCGUCAUCGAUGAAACAUUGGCGGAACUCACAAGUUCCGGACUGUAUGGUACGAUUGUUGGUCAUGUAGGUGACGGAAAUUUCCACUGUUUGGUUAUGUACAAUGAAGGCAAUGAGGAUAAUGCUAUGCAGGUCAUAGAUUCAAUGACUUUACGUGCGUUACGGUACGACGGUACUUGCAGCGGAGAGCAUGGCAUAGGCACGUCGAAGAGAAAAUUCCUUGAAUUGGAGUUAGGACCGAACACCAUUGCUGUAAUGAGAAAGCUGAAACUAGCUCUUGAUCCUAAACGAAUUAUGAACCCCGACAAAAUCUUCAAAACCGAUCCAUGCGACGACAGACCGUGA